GACUGCCCGAGCCGUAUCUUGCUUUCUCUCGCCUCCGCUACGACUCAAAUAAACUAUACAACACAAGUUGUUGUCUCCGCGCUCCGGUACGAUCGCCUGUUCGAAAUAUUUGCGUUAAAACUCCAUCAAAUAAUAAAAUUAAAGUCAAAUUUUCAACUUAAACUUGUGACAAUGAGCAAAAUCCGAUCAGGGGUGAAAUAAACGCCGAGUUAAGGUUCAUAGUUGAAGUUGUGUGGAGCGGUGUUAUUGGACUGGAUCCAGAAAGGGUGCACUUGCAUAAAACUAUAUAUUUUGGUGUUGUGAGCCCUCCCGUGAGAUGUUGGGGGUAUAUUCCGGUUAACAAGUUGGUUGCAGACGUUCUCUGGGAACUAUCGCGAAUGUGUAUUGAGACGUUCAUCGCCAUACACGGGCGCACGGUUAUGCGGCCCGACCUGGUGCACUUCAUACGACACACCUCCUCGGACCAUUUCUGCGAAGGAAUGCUUUAGUUCUUGGUGCAGCCCCCCUCCCAUGGCGCUACAGAGCAUCCAUCAAGACUGGUAUUCCUACUUGUGGCUGAUUACUUUGAAGAUCUACUCGACCGUGAUCCGGCUGAUCGGCGAGCACUGCCGGCGCCCAGCUGAUAAGAACCGCCUCGUGAUAACCGCUGGAGGCUCAGUCCAGUCGCCUGAGACGCUUCACCGAGUGCGGACGUAUCGCAAGCGGAAACCCGUGUCGCCCCGUGUCAAGCACAUAGUUGCCUUAACCAGGAGACCGUCGCUCAGGAGGAUCGUGAUGGCACCAGGAGCUAGCACCGCGCACGCUAUGAUGGAGGACAAGGAGAAGGCGCUGGGACCUAUCGCCACCGUGACGAUGCGGUCGCGCAGGAUCAGCCAGUUCGCGCCGCUCAUGAUCGCGCUGGUCGGGCUCCCGGCGCGCGGCAAGAGCCAGGUGGCGCACCGCCUGUCCCGCCACCUCAACUGGAACGGGGAGAGGACUAAAGUGUUCGACUGCAGCGAGUACCGCCGGCGUCACAUGGCUCUGUACGCCACUCACGACAUCUUCCGAGCUGACAACCAGCAGGGCUCGGCCAUCAGACGCCAGAGCGCCAGGGAGGCCGUGCAAGACGCCAUACUGUGGCUCAAGGAGGGGAAUGGAGUCGCUAUCUUCGAUGGCACCAACAUAACGCGCGAGCAGCGUCGCGACCUGAACGACUACUUCAUCGACGACCUCGGCUUCCGGAUCCUCUUCAUCGAGUGCGUCUGCGAGGACCAGGACCUGCUGGAGAGGAACAUCAUCGAGAUCCUGCACUACUCCGCCGACUACAAGACCAUGAGUGAGGAGGAGGCCGUUGACGACCUCAGGAAGAAGCUCGAGCACUAUAUGCGGCAAUAUGAACCUAUCAACGCCUCUAUGGAGACUAUAAGCUUCGUCAGAGUCGAGAAUAUGGGCGAGACUGUCACAGCUCAUAAGGUCAACGGGCAGAAGGAGGCCGGAAUUCUCGGGUACCUCUCCGGAAUGAGGCCCCUGCCCCAGACUUUGUACUUCACACGUCAUGGAGAAAGCGAAUACAACGUGCUCGGCCGCAUCGGCGGCGACGCCUCACUCUCCCCCCGCGGCCAGCUCUAUGCACACGGACUAGCUGACUACAUGAACGCACUGGGCCAGGAGCCGUUGACCGUCUGGACCUCCGAGAUGAGGAGGACCAAGCAGACUGCGGCGGAUAUCAGGGCGGCGAAGCGGGCCGUACGCGCCUUGAAUGAACUUGAUGCUGGCAUCUGCGAAGGCCUAACCUACGAGGAAAUGCAAGAGCGUUUCCCGCAAGAGUUCGCGUGGCGCGACCAGGACAAGCUCCGCUACCGCUACCCGUGGGGCGAGUCCUACAUCGACAUCAUGACGCGGCUGCGGCCCGUGCUGUCGGCUCUGGAGGACGAGCACAAUGUGGUGGUGGUGGGGCACCAGGCCGUGCUGCGGUGCAUGCUGGGGUACUUCCUGGACGCUAAACUUGACGAGCUGCCCUACAUGAACGUGCCCCUGCACACGAUCGUGAAGCUCACGUCGUAUGGGUACAAGUACAAGUGCGAGAUGAUCACGCUGCCCAUCGAGUGCGUCGACACGCACCGGAAACAACCCAAGAACUGCUCCAUCAACCGUACGACAGCGGACGCGCUGGUGACGGUACCAUCCCACUACGACACGCUGCCCUCCAACAUCUGGCAGAACCCAGCCGAGGCGCAGCUUUAGGCACGAGGGGCGGCCCGCGCGGCCUCGGCAGCCCCAACACCGCACCAGCAUUAUUAGCACCCCGGCUAACAGCUGGCCUCCCCCGCCACACGGCUCAACCCUGACUGGCCACACGAGUCCACGGUUGUGAAAAACCCUGGACUGCUCCGAGCGAGCUUGGCAUAACGUGCCUUCGCGCUGACUUGGCGGUUAAUCAGUACGUGUGAUACCGCAGUGAAUUGAAGUUUGUUAAACUUAAGUUUAGGUUUAGGAGUAAUUAAGUUAUGGAAUUAAAUCUCCAAGCAGUGUUUCCUCCAUAGGUAAAUGUAUUCAAAUAUGGUUUCCUCAGUCUGUAACUUUCAGUUUCUGUUUCCAGCAUUGUGGAGCGGUAAAGACGUGUUAUGCCUAUUAUCACUAUCAUGUCAUCUAGAUAGUAGGAUUACCUGGAAUUAUCUUCGUAUUUAAAUACGUAAAUUAUAUUUAUACUGUAGGUAAUGUGCCGUACAUUUCUCUCUAAUAAUAAUGAUUUAGUGUUAUCCUUUUACUAUCUAAAUGUUGACAUGAUAGUGAAGAAGCAUUUUGUACUUACUUAGAAUGUAAUGGCUGACUGUUUCGAUGAGAAUGAAGUAAACACUGACUUAAAAAAUAGCUCAAUGAAUUUGUACAAAGAAUGAACUUGUGGUUCUUCCAAAAGUUAAAUGAUAAGACUGAAAGGGGCUCUGCCCAAUAUCUAACGAUGAUGUUGAUGAUGAUGCGAUGGUGAUGACUGUGUCAAUUCAUAAUCAUUUUGUGUUCUUUUUAUCACCUAUGUAUACUAAUGUAUUAGAUAACGUCAUAUGAAUAUUCUCUUUCAUUUCCUACGCAGGUAAAUAUUUCUGUUUCAUUUGAAAUUUAUAACCAUUGGGGUAAGCGAUUAUUUUAAAGUUUAGUAUACUUAUAGCAAUAAGAUUAUGUAGGUUUAUUGUACCUUAAUUUGAGAAUUUCGUCAGAUCAGCCUUAGUCAUCUUGGUAAUAACUCUUGCCUUGUUUCAUUUUUUUUAUAAACAAAUAAUAAGUUCGUGGUUAGAUUAAUUGCGUAUCUAUUUCAUAGAAUUUCAUAACUAAUUAAGAUUUUGUUUUACUUUUCUUAGAUUUAUUGGAGAAUCAAAAACAUUAUUUUAAAGUGUAUCAAGCCAUAAGCCAUGCUUGAUACACUGUAGAUUGUAUGUAUACAUGUGUAGAUUUCAUAGAGGUGGAAGUUUCUCAGUUUUACUUUAGACUUCGUAUUCCAAUAGCCAUCAACAUAAUUAUGGAAUUAUCUUCUAUUUUAGUAAAGAUCUUUCUACGUCUACGUAUAAAAUGUUAGUUAAGUAUAUACAUAUUUAGUUUAGGCCUCAGGUUUAGACAAUAUUACCUUCCCUACCAUGUCAACGUACAAAUACGAAAGCUCUCAAUGGAAGCAAUGUUGUCAGAACAACGACACCCUAGUGUAAUAUAUUAGUCUGUCAUGUGUAAAUUAAAGCUACCAUCCUGCUACCUACCAGCACCAAGACAGUAUAUACAUUACCUACUUAGAAAUUACCUAAUACACGAUAGCUGAUAGUCAACCUAUCUGUCUCAUGAUGACGGUACAAUAAAUGUGUUUUUAACAGGCAUUAUGAAUAUUCUUUUUAAUAAAAAAUAUAAGUUUCAUUUUAA